UUGAAACCUUCAAAUUAGGCUAACAUUUGACAGCAGUUGUCAAAACAAACGUUUUCCUCAUAAGUCGCUUAAAAAAUUUAUCAGUUCAUUAAUGCUUUUUUCAAGAAACCUCGUUUAAGAUGGCAUCUAAUCAUGACAGUUUUACACAGCCCUAGUCCCUAACAUGGAAAAAUAUGAUCAGAUAUCGGUGGUGGGGGAGGGAUCUUACGGAUUGGUAAUGAAAUGCAGACAUAAGGAGACUGAUCAGAUCGUCGCCGUAAAGAAAUUUUUGGAAACUGAAGAGGAUCCCACUAUACGGAAAUUAGCACUUAGAGAGAUACGCAUGUUGAAAAGACUGAAGCACGAAAACCUGGUGACAAUGAUCGAAGUUUUUCGGCACAGAAAACGAUUUUAUAUUGUAUUCGAAUUCCUUGAGGGCACCGUUCUGGAUGAACUGGAAAAAAUGCCCGCUGGAUUAGGAGAUGAACGCACUAGAGAGAGAAUUUAUCAAGUCUGUAGGGCCAUUAGCUAUUGCCAUAGUAAUCAUAUUAUCCAUAGAGAUGUAAAACCUGAAAACGUGCUUGUUUCAUCUUUAGGGGUUGUAAAACUGUGCGAUUUUGGAUUUGCCAGGAUCAUCAGUCUUAAUGGGGAAGCUUGUACCGAAUAUGUGGCGACGAGAUGGUAUAGAGCUCCAGAGUUACUAGUGGGCGAACCCAUUUACGGAGCCCCAGUGGAUAUUUGGGCGAUCGGUUGCCUGUUUGCCGAAAUGAUGACGGGAGAUCCACUCUUUCCUGGAGAAAGUGAUAUUGAUCAACUUUAUUUGAUCGUCAGGAUGUUAGGUAAACCAUGUUCAAGGCAUCAAAAUUUUAUGGCAAGAAACACGCAGUUGAGACCAAUAAUAAAAACGCCAUCACAAGAAUCGUUGGGUUUCUAUAAAGUCUUCCAAACCUGGCCCUUGGUGGCAAUAGAUUUUCUCAAUAGCUGUACAAAAAUGGAUCCUAACGAUAGACUUACUGCUGAGGAGCUGCUGAAACAUACUUACUUUACCCAUGAUAAGUUUCCUCAAAGAUUCUUACCAGCAUUAAGAGAGAAAGUGAAUAUGGAAUUCAAUUCACCAUUGCUAAGGAAGCUAAGGUCGGAAAUUAUUGUAUCUACUGACAAAAGGGAGGAAAUUAAACCCAGAAAGUUUUCUACUGAUACCAAAUGGCGGUUCAGCCUAACAGAGGGCACAAUGAAAAGAAAAUACACCUCUGAUACAAUCGAACAGAUUGCCAAUGAAAAUAAUAAAAACCUUAUUACGCUAACAAGAAGCAGCCAGCGAUUGAACGUCCUCAAUAACAAUAAUAACAAUGGCAGCCAUAAAGGAAGCCAACAAGUUUUUUCACGAGCUUCGCCCCAGCAAAAAGUUUCGGCACAAUCUAAACAUCAACAAUUCAACACCAAACUAUCAACAACCAAUGAAAUUCAAGUACUUGAAAAAUCCUUAGAGCAUUUGGUGAAAAUUAAUAAGUAUGAUGAAAAUCGGCCGUUAUCAGAUCACCAAAAGCAGAACAGUAAAAGAGGGAAUAACACACAGACUACACCCUUAGCAGCAGAAUCUCCAACUUUCCAUUUUGGGAUUGGUGACCACGGAAAAUCCCCAAAUAUUCACCAUAUUUUACACCCAAGCAUUAACAAUAUCAGUUUCGUGAAAGAGGCCCCUAAAAAAUCUCCCAAUACUAUGCCAAACCUACAUAAUAAUAAAACAAACCAAGCUUCCCAGCUGGGUAACCCAAGAACACACUUUCUAAAAAAACUAGACAGGAACGUAGUGGUGGAGAAUAUUUUUGGUCAAGGAGACCAUUGCAACAAUGUCACUGCAAACGCACCCCACUGGCUUAACAGUUUCGGUACUACCAAUCCCGCAAACCAUACGAAAAAGGGUUCGAAGAGUAAAAAUGAUGAUUUCCAUUUACCAAACUUACCUGGAGCUGCAAUUUCACCAAGCAAAACUAAAAAGAAGAACAGUAUUCCUGAGCUGGAACUUCCAGAGUCCACUGAAGUUUCACCGGCCUAUAGAUACAGGAAAGCGAAACGAAAGCGAAACGUUCUGGACAUAAGUUUGCCUAUGCCUGUAAAAGGACGAUCCAGGUUUAGUUAUCUUAACCAAUAAUAAUACAUUUACCGCAUUUAUACAGGUUUUUAAGUUGUUCUUUAGAUGAAUGUAAUAAUGUUGUUUAAUAGACAUUUUGAUAACAUUUAAUAA